ACCACACUUGCUGAGCUGUGACACUCUCUCUCCGACAGCAGUUCGCGGUUCGAGCGGCAGAGGAUGAAGCGUGCAGCAUGGAUGCAGUCGUGAAACAGGGAGUCCUUCACACCCAGCAGCAGCAGAAGUUUGGCAAGAAAUGGAAGAAGGUGUGGGUGCUGCUGUACGGAGAGACCACCUGUUCUGUCGCCCGCCUGGAGUACUUUGAGUUCAAGGAGGGGGUGAGCCUGAGCGAGAGGCAAAGCACCAGGAAAGCAGAGAACAAGAAGGUGAUCAAGCUGAGCGACUGUAUCCGUAUCACGGAGUCCCCGGGCGACUCUUGCCCCUCCGACUGCCGAGCCUUCCACGUGGAAACCAUCGAGAAACUCUUUGUGUUUGCCGCAGAAUCAUCAGAGUACGAUGACUGGAAUCAGACACUGUGUGAAAUGGCCUUUCCGAUGUUCUGGGGUGAUCGGCCGGGGCCGAAUAAGGCUGACGGUUUCCAGCGGUCAAAGAAGGUGAAGAAGAAUAUCAUGGUGCCAAUGGAGGAGAACUCGCUGUACAGCACCCGCAAGGCCGUGAAGGAGUUCCGGGUGACCGUGAGGACGACAGAAGCAGCGGAUAGGUGUGGCCUCCAGGGACCAUUCUUGCUCGCUGUGGAGGAGGACAGCCUCCAGCUGAAGGAGCUGGAGCGUGGAAAGGUGCUCUACACCUGGCCCUACAGGUUCCUCAGGCGCUUUGGACGGGACAAGGUGACAUUUUCCUUCGAGGCUGGCCGGCGCUGCAUGUCCGGGGAGGGCAGCUUCGAGUUUGACACCAACCACGCCAAUGGCAUCUUCCAGAUCAUCGAAUCGGCCAUUAAGGUUGUCCGGCAGGGUGUCAGGGAGGAGAAGCGGUCAUCCAGCGAUGGGGACAACGAGCCUCUGGUGACCUCCAGGCCCGGCUCAGCCCAGGAGGCCGAGGAAGAAGGGGAGGUGGGAGAGACUGAGGGCCAACAGCCAGCCAAGGCCAAGGGCGAGAUGGCCAAUGCGACUCUCCCGGCCCUGAGAUGCCUCUCGCUGGAGGUGGCCCCUGAGCCCAGCGUCCGGUCAGCUUCUACCUUGCCCUGGAAGGUCAACCCAGGGUCCAAGGGCCAUGGAGGUCAAGCCAGGGGCAUCCAGCCUGACCUACAGUCCACCUACUCUGAGGUGUUGGAUGUUAUUCCCAGGCCAAUGGCCCGGGGCAAGGCCAGGAAGUCUCGGGACGAGGUGGCAGCAGCGGGCCAGGAAUCUGAAUACGCCGUUCCCUUCGACUCAAUCGCCCAGACUCUGCGCCUCGCAUCCCUCCUCUGUCCGCCGGUCAAGGCUCCGGACGGUGGUGGCGAGACCACGGGAUUCUCCACCUUCCUGCCCCAGGCGAGUGAAUACCCGCUGUACGACACCAUCGACGAGCGCGGUUUCGGGCGGCAGGAGAAGGUGGCGUCGGCUUGCCCGUGCCCGGCCACGGUCCGCCCCAGGGACCACAUCUACGACGAGCCCGAGGGCUCGGACGCCCCCUCGCUCUACGACUACCCGGAGGAGAUGAGGGGCCACGCCUGGAGGCUGCAGGGCCAGGAGUGCGACCCCCGCGGACACGAGUACCCGUACAACCCGCACACCGACGACUACGCCGUGCCCGCCACCGCCAAGCAGGGGGCUAGCAGGGGGAGGUCGGCCGAAGGGUCGCGCCCUGAGGCCGACAACGACAGCCACUCCGAGACGGAGUACGAUAACAUCUUGGUCAAGAUGUAGAUGCCAGGACCAUGACCCCAGGCCUGGCACGGCCAAUGUAAACACACCUGCAAGUCUGGUGGACUUCCCAGAUCUUGCUGCCUGGACCCUGGACAGUGACGUCGGGGGGCGUUUCUCCAACUGCGGAGACA